AUGGCUCCUUUUAAGACCCAACCUAUCAAGUCACUCCCAGCAACCAGUAUUCUUAUUCGCAGUGAUCCGAGUCAGUCUGGGUCCAUGGAUCGUCAUACCAUCAUUGGUGUCGUCGUCAUGGUCGCUAUAUUCCUUGGCCUCAUUCUAUCGCUCUCCGCUUUAGCAUGGUUCCGACCUACCUCUCUGAGUUCAUUCCGCGCAAUCCCUGUCCGUGUAACUUCCGUGCCCACCUCUAACACAGCCACACCUGUGCACUCCACUGCGACUCCUGGACGUAGCAUUUCCUCCUCCAGGAGGAUAUUUGGGACGUUCUCAUUCUAUUGGCACUGGUGGACACAAGCAUCCCGCAGUGGCAUUCCUCGGUCUACCAUAAAUGUUACACACCAUGAAUCAACUCUAUCUCGUGUUGCCCAAUCACCUGCCCGCGCCUCAUUGGCGGGCAGAAGCACAGAGUUCAACACUCGCCCCAACACUCGCUCACCGAGCUUCGCCACUUUUGCGCCUAGUAUCGACAAUACUUUGGUUGACAGUGAAGCCGUGGAGCUUCAUACAUUAGGUGGCAUUAAAACCCCUAGCACAUCUUCAUUAGCCGACAAUGGGGACACCAUUGACAACCAAGUCGUUGUGCUGCCCGCUGUGGUACCCAUCGCCCACGAAGAUGCGAGCCUGGGCAGUGGAGGACACUGGAGGUGGGGACAGAGAGUUUCGAGUGGAACAUGCCAAACAUCGCCACGUAAUCUGUGCUCGACAUGUGAAAACCUCCCGGUACUGCCUCGUGGUGCGGCCGAAGUUCCUGUUAUGGUUACUUUCAAGUGUGACGAUUUCAAGAAGACUCGAAGUACUGACAGUUAUGGCCAGUAUAUCGGAGUACCAUUAAUGCUCUCCACCGGUGUCAACAAAGUACGAACGUUCGUCAAUAUCGGUAUCGCAAGAAAACUCCGAGUACUCGAGCUUGCAAAUGUGGGCGAGCACACGAUCAGAACUUCGAUGAGUAUUGGAGUGAAGUACAGCCUGGCCUAUUGCAGAGUCAGUGGAAGUUAUGUGGAACAAGGCGAUGUUGAGGGCAUGAGAACGUCGAUUUACUAA